UCGAACGAGUUGAAGCAGUGUGAUUUCCGAUACGAAUAAGACUGGCACGAGGCAGUAAAACGGCUUGAUUUUAUUUUCGGAAAGAUUCCAGUGGACUUUGAGUUAGGAAAUCAAAAAAAAUUGUAUCGACAUUUUGAAAUAUUUGAACUGUGAGUUUAGUGUUGCAGUGAGUGAAAAAAAAAACGUUUGUGCUGGAUUCCUUGGCAGCAGAAAUGGGUUCAUCAAAGCGGAAGUCUUCCUUUCGAAUAGACGACAUCCUUCACCAACAGGCAGAACAGCAGCAAAUACUGUUUCAUCAUCAGCGACAGCUGCAGAGCAAUGUUUUGAAGCAACUUAGUGAAGCAUCUCACUCAGCCAGUUCCUCGACACCGUCGUCGACCUCAACAGAAUAUAACAACGCACAAUCCAAAUCUCCCUCCGAAUCACCUGUUCCGAUUCCGUCCGGACCAACGUCUCCGAAGAAACCCACUGCCCUUUAUCCCAACUUGAUGGACCUGCAAAAAAGCAAUUUUCCACUCCAUCUUCAGUUUGGCAUGCCUGCGUUUAAUCCGGCCCUCAAUCCAGCUGCACUGAACGCGGCUUAUCUGGAACAUUAUGCUAAUGUGUUGCAAAAAGCAUCUCCUCGACUUUUCCCAUUCUACGCGCCACACUACAGCUAUCUCCUCCCACCGUGCGGUUCCAAGCGUAAGGGCGGCCAGGUUCGCUUCACACCUCAGCAGACGCAAAGUCUCGAACGGAGGUUCUCCAACCACAAGUACCUAUCCCCAGAGGAUCGACGCCAUUUGGCUGUCCAGCUGAAGCUCAGUGAUCGACAGGUCAAAACGUGGUUCCAGAACAGGCGCGCAAAAUGGCGUCGGGCCAACAAUGGGACCCAUUCUUCGUCGGAUUCACCCGUUGAUCACCUGGGCGCCGAUAGCGUAAAACAUGCAAAUCCGGCAGGUGCCUCAUCAUCAGCAUCCGUUGACGCGGUGAAGAAAUACUCGAAUGAUUAUCACACAACCUCGAAUAACACCAGUCACGCCAUCGAUGCGUACGACUGCAAGAGCUCGGACAAUUUUGAGGGCUCAAGUGAAGACGAAGAAGACAGCAGUUAUGAAGAUGGGGGAGCGUCCCCAAUCAAUGUAAUUUAAUUUAAGUUUUAUCUGUAAUCAAUAAAUUAUUUCGCCUGACACAGACACAAUAACGUUCACGAGUUGUUGCCCAACCAAACCACCUGCAAUGCACGGCACCGACCAGUCUAACCAAUUCGCUAAAGCGACCUUUGGUCAACGAUGUAAAUAAAAUCAGUUGAUAAGCCAGCCCGCCGCAAUAAGGAACGCACAUACGCCACUUUGCUUCAAACAUCAUCAAGGUAUAUUAAUCACGUCCAAUUGCUCAUAUUUUUUCCACCGAACAACGUUUAUUCAUUAUUUUGUCAUAGUGAUAACGCAAAAUUUACCCUAUUAAAUAGUCAUUCAUUCUGCGCUUGAUAAGUUUUGAAACCUGCUGCAGAUAUCGCAUGGAGCUACAUGACAUUCCACCCAUUCUUAAUUGAUCAUCCAAUAUUGAUACACCCCGCGGGUUACUUUCCCAACCCUUUUCCGUUACAACGUUGAACGAGUGGGGGAGGGUGGCUAUUUAGGGUGUAUCGAUGCUAUUUUUUUCGAUUGCGUCAAAAUAAGCGGCCUUCCAUCAUCCGAAAUUAGUAUUUAUCGGAAGGUUGGUGGUAGGAAAAAGGAAGU